UUCAAAAAGUUCAAAAACUCGAAGCUUUUUCCGUUAUGGAUAACUUGGAUAAGUAAUUUUGGAUAAUACUCCUUGUUUACCAUUGUGCCGCCUUUUUGCAUUUUCCUCUAAAAUCAGUUGAGCUCCCGGCAUAACCUCAAAAAUGAUAGCAGCACAGGAGGUUGAGUGCCGGAAAAUUUGUGCUGAGAGAUUUUUCCUGGCCAUAGCGUGCAGUACGGGCUCUCAAUUCAUCAUGCUCGGCAUCUUCCUGCUAUUCGUCAACUUUAGCAUCGUGCACCCUGUGGCAUGGAUUACGGGGAGCAUAGGAAAGAUCUUCUCGUUCUACACCUGGCUCUGUAUCAUCCCCCUCAUUGGCUCCGUGGGCAUCUAUGGGAUGCUAAUGGCGCGGCAUUUGGCCACUGAACCCCGAUACUUUCACAAUAGAUUCAGCAUGUACCGCUCAAAUGGGCGUAUGGUGGCUUACUUGGGUGCCCAUGGAAUUGUUGGUUUCCUCACGGCGUGGCUCUACACGAAAUUCCUUCCGGAUGGCUACAAUUCCAUCGUGAGGGGAUGCAAUGGGGACUGGUGCUACAACGACAAGUACAUUUUUAUGCUCUUGAGUGGAUUCUACACGGGCUGCUACUACUUUGUCAAGGAGAUCAAAUCCAGCAAUGCUGUCCUUUUCCCAAUUGCCCAGCAGGGGAAAUACUAUCAGAUCACAUCGAACCUCUCGGGGAUCUUCUGUAAAUCCCUCACAAUGACAAUCUUCUCCACAGCAAGCUUUAUCUUUAGCUACUGGAUGGGAAGUUUGGUGCUCCGAUGGACAAUUGGGGGUGUUUUUAGUCUCAAUCACGGUGGAGAGUCACUUUUUGGGAAUCUCUUUGCCUUCCUGCUGGACUGGAAACUCCUUAUCUUCGUGUGGAUUGUCUCGUCACAGAUUCUCAGCAAUAUGUUCCUCAUUACGCGAUUCUUUCAUGUCUUCCUCACGGAAUAUCGGGCAUUUCCCAUUGUCCGGAUUAUUGGCAGCUCAAAUGAGCAGGAAAUCACUUUAGCUGAAGCCUUGGCGUGCCACAAGGUGCCUGUUAUUCAAGAUCUCGCCUGUCAGGAUCUCUUUGUGGUGGCCAAUGGAGGUGAUGUAGCUCGACGAAGGGAUAUCUUUACUCUCUCAAUCCCCGGUGGGCAUCCCAACAACUGGAAAGCCAUUGUGUCGCAAUCCCUCCAACUCAUCACGGAAUUCACGCAGAAACUCACAAAAUCCCUCGAGGGAUGCCAACGAGCACCAAUUCUACCCGCAAGAGUUGCCUUUGUGCGUCCCACGGCAACGGAAAUGGCUGAUAAAAUUCUCUGGACACAGUACACAGAAGGACUCAGAAUUCGACGAGGAAACUACCCACAGGACAUCUUCCCAACACCACCUGAUUCCACAACUUCGGCGAAAUUCUACACACUCCAAGACUUCCGGAAGAUGCUCUCUGACUACAUUGCCAGCGGGAAGAGGUAUCUGAUGACCUACCCAGGAAUACAUUUCCUCUUCAGUGAGACACCCUUUGAGGAGGUUUUCUUCCAUCUCAAGCACUCCCAGAGGAUUAUUUGGAUUAUCCAGGCAAUUGCAGCUCUCACGGAGAAAUCUAUUGAAGAGGACAAAUUCGGCGUUGUUCAAACGGAUCUAACAGACAUCAUUCGGACCUUCCUCCAGCUUAAAGGUGUUCUAGACAAAAUUGGGAAUCUAAUGCUGGGCGAACGUCGAAUUGAUCGGAACUUCUUGGCACUGAAGAGUGCUUCCCGGAGGAGUCUCUAUCGCAUCUCCAACACUUUCUCACCAUACUUUGGGGAUCUUCUCCUCAGUGACAGUGACUUGAGGCAACUUAGUCUCUUUGUCACCUACAAAGAAGCCUAAGAAUGCUAAUAAGAACUUUAUUGCUUAUAUUAAUUUUUUUCUUCUAAUUAUUUAAAAUACAAGAAAUUCAGAAUAAAAAAUGCCGAAUAAAUAAUUUUUUGAAUUUAA